AGUAGUAGCUGCAGUUCAGUCGCUGGUUCAUCAGAUCGGCUCUCUCCAGCACUAUGGCCGAUAAAGCGCAGAUACAGGAGGCGAUUAAAACACAAGGAGAGGUCGUCAGGAAACUGAAAUCAGAGAAAGCGAGCAAAGAACAGUGACAGGGUUGCUCACCACUUUUCUCCUGUUCUUCCUGCUUGUUGCCACGGAUACCAUCAUCAUCAUCAUCAUCACCGCACACCUGGAAUAUCCCUGCUGUUUGUGGGAUUGGACCGUUCACCUGUGGAUGCUUUUGGACCGUAUGGUAUUGUGACUGGUGUGUGUGUGUGUGUGUGUGUGUUUGGACUGCGUAAUGAACGCUCUGGGGCUGGUCUCCAUGCGCCUGUGUGCUGGACUCAUGGGCCGUCGGUCUGCUGUGCUCCUGCCAUCUCUGCGUUUCUCCUCCGGAAUGACUUUAUCACAGAUUGAUGAAGAGGUGGCCAAACUGCUGCAGCUCAAAGCUCAGCUGGGAGGAGAUGAGGGAAAACAUGCGUUCGUUCUCAAAACAGCCAAGGGGACCAGGGACUAUAACCCCAAGCAGAUGGCUAUAAGAGAAAGGGUUUUCAACAUCAUCAUCAGUUGCUUUAAACGCCAUGGCGCUGAAACCAUCGAUACCCCCGUCUUUGAGCUGAAGGAGACCUUGACGGGGAAGUAUGGAGAAGACUCUAAACUCAUUUACGACCUGAAGGACCAGGGAGGAGAACUUCUGUCCCUGAGAUAUGACCUCACUGUCCCGUUUGCCCGCUAUCUCGCAAUGCACAAAAUCACCAACAUCAAGCGCUACCACAUCGCUAAAGUGUACCGUAGAGACAACCCAGCCAUGACCCGGGGCCGAUACAGGGAGUUCUACCAGUGUGAUUUCGAUAUUGCAGGUCAGUACGACGCCAUGAUCCCAGACGCAGAGUGUCUGAAAAUUGUCUACGAGAUCCUGAGCGAAUUAGAUCUUGGAGAUUUUCGUAUAAAGGUGAAUGACCGACGCAUUCUGGACGGGAUGUUUGCCGUGUGCGGCGUUCCGGACGACAAGUUCCGCACAAUCUGCUCCACAGUGGACAAACUGGACAAGAUGGCCUGGGAGGAUGUAAAAAAGGAGAUGGUAAACGAGAAAGGUCUUUCAGAGGAAAUUGCCGAUCGGAUCGGGGAGUAUGUCAGCAUGCACGGUGGGAAGGAUCUGGCUGAGCGACUGCUGCAGGACCCCAAACUGUCCCAGAGCAAACAGGCCUGCGCCGGGCUCACGGAUAUGAAGCAGCUCUUCAGUUACCUGGAGCUCUUCCAGGUCACAGACAAGGUGGUGUUUGAUCUGAGUCUGGCGCGAGGACUGGACUAUUACACCGGUGUGAUUUAUGAAGCGGUGCUAUCCCAGACCGUCCCAGCACCAGUGUCUACACCCACAGAGCAGAACGGGGCGGAUGAGGCGGGUGUAAGCGUUGGCAGCGUGGCCGGCGGGGGGCGAUACGAUGGGCUGGUGGGCAUGUUUGACCCCAAGGGUAGAAAAGUGCCCUGCGUGGGCAUCAGCAUUGGGAUUGAGCGGAUCUUUUCCAUCAUGGAGCAGAAGGCCGAGAUAUCUUCAGAGAAGGUGCGCACCACUGAAACUCAAGUGCUGGUGGCUUCAGCGCAGAAGAACCUUCUAGAAGAGCGACUCAAACUGACCACAGAGCUUUGGAACGCUGGAAUUAAGGCUGAAGUUUUAUAUAAGAAAAACCCAAAGCUGUUGAGCCAACUGCAGCACUGUGAGGAAACCGGGAUUCCACUGGUGGCCAUUUUAGGAGAGCAAGAACUCAAAGACGGAGUCGUCAAACUGCGCAACGUGGCCAGCCGAGAAGAGGUGGAUGUGCCCCGAGCGGAUCUGGUGGAUGAAGUCAAGAAACGGACCUUGUAAUCUUAAAAACAGUCACCAUAUAGACGGAGGAGAACGGUGGACCUAUUUACCAUAUGCCAGUUCCAGUUUUGUCAGUUGAACAUGUACAUUAACGAGGAAACAUUGAACUCAUUGCCUGCUCUUUUAAAAUGUGCUCGGAUUAUGUCAGAUCUAUCAAUAAAUGAGUAACUAAGA